UUUUUAAUUUUCGCUUUUUUUUUUGGUUGUUCCGUCCUCUUGACUUCUACUGCUGUUUCAGACGGAGAGAGAGGGAGAGCCUGAGAAAGAGAAAGAGAGAGAGAGAGAGGUUGAAGAAGAAGAAAUAUUUCCAAAAACCCAAGAAUCGUUUUUUAUUUUUUUUGUUGCUGGCUUGAUUCUCAUGGAAAAUCUCACUCAUCCUCGUAAUCCAAACAAGUCUUCUUCUUCUUCACUCCCUAAGAAGAAACCUUACAAUGGCCUCACCCCCGGCGGAGGUUUUACCUACACCAACUCCUCCGGCAACACCACCACCUCUACAUACGACGACGUUUUCGGUGGUCCGCCUAGGUUCGGUGCUCCCACUUUAUCUCCUCGUCUUGAAGACUACUGCGAGAUUUUCUCCGGCUCCUCACGCGCCGCCGUUUCUUCGAUUCCCGUACUCGAUCUUCCCCUAGUUGAUGGUAGAGAUGUCUACUUCGAUGUUCGGACUCAAGGUUUUGAUUACCGUGAAGUCUUCGGUUUUAACGAUCUCGAUUUAGCUCCUUCCUAUGAAGACCUUUUUUACCAGCAGAGGUCUACUACGGUGGUUGGUCUUUGUUAUUCCUCCGACGAUGCUUGGACUCCUGAAGAAGUAGAGUCAUGCUCAGGAGGUACAGAGCAUUCUGGCAAAAGUCCUUGUUUCUCUAAUGGUAGAGAUUCAUAUGAUUCCGUUGAUGGAAGCACUGAGUUCAACAUGUCUUAUAACAAAGCUAGCGGCGGCGGGGAUACAAAUAUGUCAAGUGGUGGUGGUGUCAUACGUGUAGCUGGCUACACUGCUGCAGUUGAUGAAAUGAUUUGUGCUGGUGGAACAACUAAGGAGACUGGGCCCUCUUCUCUUGGCAGCAGAGGUACAACAAGUAGAUUUGCCUUUGAAGACAAGUAUUACACUUGUGAACCUUUUGUUACUGUUUCUGAGAUUGGUUUGAAGACUCAUCCUACUGGGAUCCCACCUCCUUCGAGGCCACCUCCUGUAUUAAAGAGCGGCUUUAGAAGUUCGGCAUCUAAUUCUGGAACCACCGGAUCAGAAGGAUCUGCGGAUAGUAGUUGUUCUCCACCGUUUUUUGAUGUUGAGGUUGAUGCUAGUUCCGCUGCUGUGAGAGAAGCUAUGGUUAAAGCUGAGGCAAAGCUGAAAAAUUCUAAAGAGCUGUUUGAAAGGAAGAGGGAUGGGGCAAGGACCACCACGAAGAAUAGAUUGACUGAGGAAUCGAAACCGGGCCAUACAGCGGGUUUGAGGGAUAAACGUGGAAGUAAGUCACUCUCUUCUCAAGGGUCUGCAGACUCUGAUGAAUGGAAAGAAGCUAAUCAGUUUGUUGAAUUGGUGAGAACUGAGCUACCAAGAAAUGCUGAUGAGAACAGUGGUGGGAAAGAUGUUUGUAUUCCCCUUAAUGCAGAGUUUUUCGAUCAGGAGCUGACAUGGGCAGCCAAUGGGAAAUUGCCAAAACACCCUGGAACGAGAAAGGUAGCAUCUAGGCUUAAGAGACAUGAGAAAAAGCUUGCAGAAAAGGCUCCUGAAGAGCCAAAGAAUGAGAAAUCGGGACAUGUGGAGCUGCAAUUUGAGAUGGGAAACAAUUUGUCUGAUCAUGGUGGGAUAGUGAAACACAGAAAUCUGCUCAGACCAGAAGAAAACAAGCUCUUUACUGAAAAGCCUGCAAAACAAAAGAAGGAAUUGCACUGUGUAGAGAAAACAAAACGCAUACAAAAUCAACAAUCGGAUAGAAAACCACAUCAGAAAGCAGCUGAAAAGAACCAGGAAUGUGUGUUUGAGUGGGAACAAAAUGCGAGAAAGCUCAGGGAGGCUCUUGGUAAUGAAAGCAUGCUAGAGGUCUCCUUGGAAUCGAACGGAAAUGGUAAAAAAUUGGGAAUGCGUGGUGAAAGUGAGACAAAACUGAAUGAGGCCUUGAAGCGGGUGGAGGAGGAAACUAGGGUCAAAGAGGCUCGUGUAAGAGAAGAAAAUGAGAGAAGAGAAAGAGAAGCUUUUGAGAAGGCAGAAAAUGAGAAAAGUCGUAAGGCAGCAUUGGAGCAAGAAGAAAGGGAAAAAAAGAUUAAGGUAGCUCGUGAAAAAGAAGAGAAUGAACGGAGAGUGGCAGAGGCUCGUGAAAAGGCAGAACAAGAAAGGAAAAUGAAAGAACAGCAAGAGUUAGAAUUGCGGCUAAAAGAAGCUUUUGAAAGGGAAGAAAAGAACCGUAGAAUGAGAGAGGCCAAUGAGAAGGCAGAGAGUGAAAGGAAAAUGAAAGUUGCAUUUGAACAAGAGAAGGAACGAAGGAUAAAAGAAGCACGUGAAAAGGAAGAAAACGAGCGAAGAAUAAAAGAGGCUCUUGAGGAGGCGGAGCGAAGGCUGAAAGAAACUCUUGAACAAGAAGAGAAGGAAAGGCAGAUUAAAGAGUUUCAAGAGAGAGAAGAAAAUGAGAGGAGCGCUAAAGAGGCUCUCGAGCAGGCAGAGACUGAGAGGAGGUUGAAAGAAGCCCUUGAGAAAAAGGAGAAAGAAAGGAGGGUGAAAGAGGCACGUGAAAAAGAAGAGAAUGAGAAGAGGCUGAAAGAAGCUAUGGAGCUAGAAGAAAAAGAAAAAAGGCUGAUAGAAGCUUUUGAGAGAGCAGAGAUUGAGAGAAGACUGAAAGAGGAUCUUGAACAGGAAGAGAUGAGGAUAAAGCUGCAAGUAGCCAAGGAUAAUGAAGAAAGAGAAAGAACACAUAGAGAAAAUCAAGAGCAUCAGGAAAAUGAAAGAGAUUCAGGAGAAGAAAGUGACGAGAAAGAAAGAGAUGCUUGUGAAAUAGAGAAAACCUGUGAAACCAUCACAGAGGAUCAUGGAGAGCAAGCAUCUAAUGAAAGUCUUAGCGACAGUCUAGAAGAGGAUGAGAGUAUAGACAACGAAGAACCAGUGACCAACCAAAAGGAAGAAGAAGAAGGACCAAGCCAGAGAGAAUCUAUGUCCGAAGACUCCUGUCCUUGGAAGGUUUUUGAGAAGAACCUCAAAGACGCCAGCCAAAAGGAAGGAACCAAUGAGCUGGAUGCUGAAUCCAGGUUGUUUGAGAGGAAUGAAGAGGCACCACAGUUGAGUGAAAAUGGAGGAUAUAAACAACAAAAUGGAGAAUCAGGUGAGAAAUGCAACUCCGAGAAUAUCAAAGGAGGAAAGCACAAACAGAAAAGUAAAAUGUCUGAUACCUCUAAAGAUGCAUCAGUUCUCAAACGAGACAACGGGUCGAAAACUGAAGUUGAAGAAAGAUCAGAAGACGUUGUAGAUGAAGACGAAAAUGUCAGAAAAGCAGCAGGUGCUGGUAGGGAUCAAAGGCAUCCAGAGGGAAGUAAGUGCGCUCCCAAAACAUCCACUGGUUUCAGAAACCAUGAAAAUAAAUUCACCCAUGAGACCCAAGCAGGUCUAAAUCAAGAUGCAAAAUUGGAAAGACCGUUGCCUUUUCGAGUGCAACGUGAGAAAGAAGUAGAGAGGCUGAAGCGAGAAAGAGACUUUGAGAUGGAGCGCUUAAGAAAGAUAGAAGAAGAAAGGGAGAGGGAAAGAGAGAGAGAGAAGGAUCGAAUGGCUUUUGACCAGAGAGCCUUGGCUGAUGCACGUGAAAGAUUGGAGAAAGCAUGCGCUGAGGCUAGAGAGAAGUCUUUGCCUGAUAAGUUAUCAAUAGAGGCAAGACUUAGAGCAGAACGUGCGGCAGUGGAGAGAGCAACUGCUGAAGCUCGUGAACGUGCAGCUGAAAAGGCUGCUUUUGAGGCGAGGGAGCGAAUGGAAAGAUCCGUUUCUGAUAAGCAAUUUCAGAGUUCAGGUUUCUUUGGUGAACGAAUGGAGAGAUCAGUUUCUGAUAAGCAAUUUCAGAAUUCAGUCUCUUUUGGUGCUUCAAGAUAUCAAAACUCUCCUGGUACUGAUGGUGAAUCGCCUCAAAGGUAUACAUCGAGAUUAGAAAGGCAUCGGAGAACAGCUGAUCGUGUGGCUAAAGCGUUAGCAGAGAAGAACAUGCGUGAUCUUGUGGCUCAGAGAGAACAAGCAGAAAGAAUUAGAGUCGCUGAAACCUUGGAUGCGGAAGUAAAGAGAUGGUCAAGUGGAAAAGAAGGAAACAUAAGAGCAUUACUCUCAACAUUACAAUACAUCCUUGGUCCCGAGAGUGGUUGGCAACCUAUACCAUUAACAGAAGUCAUAACUUCAGCAGCCGUGAAGCGAGCUUACAGGAAAGCAACACUUUGUGUUCAUCCAGACAAAUUACAGCAACGUGGUGCAAACGUUCAUCAGAAAUAUAUCUGUGAAAAAGUCUUCGAUCUUCUUAAGGAAGCUUGGAACAGAUUCAACUCAGAAGAAAGGUAGAGUUAUGACAUAUGACCUUUAGUAGUAGUAUAUGACAAUGGUUUCUCAGCUUUCUUAACAUUUCUUAGAGAGUUGAUUUUUUUUCUACAAUUUGUUUUAUUGUAAAGUCGUGCUUCUAGAGUAGUUGAAGAGUAAAUAUCCCUUUGGUAUCUUUUUUUCUUUCUAUGAUUGCCAAUUUGCCUAGAUGAUCAUUCAUUGUAAUCAUUUCUACAAUUAUCUGUAGAUUUUAAUAUAAAUAUUUCUAAGCAAUUAUAUAGUUUUUUUUCUU